AACAAAAUGUUGUAUAUUCAUACAACAGAAUUACUGUUCAGCAAUUAAAAGAACAAGCUAUUGGUACAUGCCAUAACAUGAUGAACUUCAAAAGCAUUAUGCCAAGAAGCCAGAUGCAAAACACACUAUCAUAAUAUUCCAUUUAUAUUAAAUGUCUAGAAAUGACAAAAAAGUAGAAUUAGUGGUUGCCUAAAGCUGGAAGUGGGACAGGGAUUAACUGUAAAUGGGCACAAUGGUAUGUUUUGGUGGUGAUGAAAACGUUCUAACAUCAUAUUGUGGUGAUGACUGUGCAACUCUAAAAUUUUUUUAAAGGCCCCAGUCGUUAUGAAGUCCAACUUUCUACGCAAUGCAGGAAUCCCUUAGAGUGACUUAAUCUAAGGAAGGGCAUUGAGAAUAUACAUGUAUGCAUUUAAAUGUUAUCUACUGGGAAGGAGAGACUGAAAAAAGUGAAGUGAACAGGGAUAGGAUGAGAUUAUUCUGGUUUUAACCCGUUUUGUAGCUUUUAAUCUUCUAACCAUGUAAAUUGUACAUAAUUAUGUAACAAAACUAAAAUUUUAAAUGAAAUUCCUCAUUAUCAAAAGCAACUGUAGAUAGAGGAGGUCGUUAAGUCAUGUGAUGGCAGCUAUCAGAAAGACUUGUCUUUGACGCUGUCCCUGAAGGACAGCAGACAGCCCAGAGCCCUGCGACCCAAAGAACAGGGCACCCCAGAAACCGGGCGUGGAUAUUGAACCUGCGGGAGAAAGGGGUUCGUCAUGGCGGAUGACCUAAAGCAAUUCCUGUAUAAAAAAUUACCAAGCGUCAAAGGGCUCCAUGUUAUUGUUGUGUCAGAUAGAGAUGGGGUGCCUAUUAUUAAAGUAGCCAAUGACAAUGCUGCAGAGCAUGCUUUGAGACCUGGUUUCUUACCUACUUUUGCCCUUGCAACAGACCAAGGGAGCAAACUUGGACUUUCAAAAAAUAAAAGUAUCAUCUGUUACUCUAAUACUUUCCGGGUGGUUCAAUUCAAUCAUUUACCUUUGGUGGUGAGUUUCAUAGCCAGCAGCAAUACCAAUACAGGAUAGUCAGCCUAGAAAAGGAACUUGCUCCAUUAUUUGAAGAAUUCACACAAGUUGUGGAAGUUUCUUAAUCUGACU